AUGCCUCCUCGGAAAAAUAAUAACAAAAGCGUAAAUGAUUCAUGGAAAAAAAGAAAAAGAACGGGAGGAAUAAGAAGAAAGUGUUCACGAGAGUAUGAAAAGAUAAAAAAUAAUAUCUGUGCAGUAAUAGAAAAGGGUUUGACAACUAAUACAAAUAGGCCCGGGUCAAGUGCGACCAAUACAGUUGAAGAGGGUUCUGUACACGAUGAUUGUGCAUCACCAUCAGGAUUAGUGAUUCAAACAAAUGGACCGGGUCCAACUUUAGGUGCAGAUAACGAGAGAAGUUUGCGUAUCAAUUUGAUAGUGAUUCAAGUUCUACUGAUUUGGAAGAAAACUCAGAAUUUAAUAAAAAAUAUUAUUAUUAUUUUCAAUAAAUAA